AAUACUUUUCUUAUUCUUUUUGAAGGAAGAGCAACCGAAAACGCCACCGCGCAAAAUGAAUGGCGGAGAUAAACGACGGCUGGACCGGCUAGACCUUCGGAGAUCGAAGAAGCAGAAGAAUCUAAUCCGUAGCGCAGAAGAGGAACUCGAGUCCAAGCUUGGAUUUGAUCUCUUCUCUGAAGGAGAAAAACGUCUCGGAUGGUUACUUACUUUCGCUUCGGUAAUACAACAUCUUCUCCGUAUCCAAUAUUCAAAUAAAACGAGAUUAAAUUUCAUAAAUGUAGAUGGUUCUUGUUUUAAGUCAAAGUUCAAAUCCCGACCUUACUUUUACGCUGCUGCAAAGAACAAAGCAGAAAUGGAUGUGGAAGCCUAUUUGAGACGACGUUAUGAAAGUCAAAUUGCAGAGAUUGAAAUUGUGGAGAAGGAAGAUCUUGAUCUUAAAAACCAUUUGUCUGGUCUACACAAACGUUAUCUAAAAAUAUCUUUUGAUACUGUUCAACAAUUGAUGGAUGUGAAGAGAGAUCUAGUGCAUGUUGUUGAAAGAAACCGGACAAAAUUUGAUGCUGCUGAAGCAUAUGAGUCGUUAUUAAUGGGCAACAGAGAACACAGACCGCUAGAUCUUUUGGAUCUUGUGGUUGAUCUCCGUGAAUAUGAUGUCCCCUACCAUGUUCGUUUUGCCAUUGACAAUGAUGUGAGAUGUGGGCAGUGGUAUGAUGUCAGUGUAUUUAGUACUGGAGUCAUGCUGGAGAAGAGGACUGAUCUUCUGCAACGUGCUGAAGUACGUGUCUGUGCAUUCGAUAUUGAGACGACAAAGCUUCCUUUGAAAUUUCCAGAUGCUGAGUAUGAUUCAAUAAUGAUGAUAUCAUACAUGGUUGACGGACAAGGAUAUCUGAUUAUUAACAGAGAGUGUGUAGGGCAAGACAUAGAGGACUUAGAGUAUACUCCUAAACCAGAAUUUCAAGGAUUUUUCAGUGUCAAAAAUGUGAAAAAUGAGGUAGAACUUCUACGGCUGUGGUUUACCCACAUGCAAGAGGUCAAGCCUGGUAUUUUUGUUACAUAUAAUGGUGAUUAUUUUGAUUGGCCAUUCAUAGAAAGAAGAGCUGAAUAUCAUGGAAUUAAAAUGAGUGGUGAGCUAGGGUUUCAAUGUGACAAGAAUCAGGGGGAAUGCCGAGCCAAGUUUGCCUGUCAUUUGGACUGUUUUGCUUGGGUCAAACGUGACAGUUAUCUUCCUCAGGGGAGCCAUGGUCUCAAGGCUGUUACAAAGGCAAAGCUGGGUUAUGAUCCACUCGAGGUGAAUCCAGAGGAUAUGGUUCGAUUUGCAAUGGAAAAGCCCCAGAUGAUGGCAUCCUAUUCUGUUUCUGAUGCUGUUGCAACUUAUUAUUUGUACAUGACCUAUGUUCAUCCCUUUAUUUUCUCUCUGGCUACUAUUAUUCCCAUGUCACCUGAUGAGGUUCUGCGCAAAGGAAGUGGGACACUUUGUGAAAUGCUUCUGAUGGUUCAGGCGUACAAGGCAAAUGUAGUCUGCCCUAACAAACACCAAUCAGAGACUGAAAAGUUCUAUAAGAAUCACCUUCUUGAGAGUGAGACCUAUAUAGGUGGCCAUGUGGAAUGCCUUGAAAGUGGUGUUUUCAGAUCUGAUAUUCCAACUAGCUUUAAGCUUGAUCCAUCUGGCUAUGAGCAACUGAUCAGUAAUCUUGACCGGGAUCUACAAUAUGCUAUUAUUGUUGAGGGGAAGAUGGACUUGGAAUCUGUCUUGAACUAUGAUGAAGUAAAGAAUGAGAUAAUAGAAAAGCUUGUGAAGUUACGAGAUGAACCUAUCCGUGAUGAAUGCCCUCUCAUUUAUCAUUUGGAUGUUGCUGCAAUGUACCCAAAUAUUAUUUUGACAAAUCGGCUUCAGCCACCAUCAAUAGUUACAGAUGAGGUCUGUACUGCAUGUGAUUUCAAUCGUCCGGACAAGUCUUGCCUCCGGAAACUUGAAUGGGUUUGGCGUGGAGAGACAUUCAUGGCAAAGAAAAGUGAUUAUUACCACUUGAAGAAGCAAAUUGAGUCUGAAUUUUUUGAUGGCACUGAUAGUCAGCUGUCAAAAUCUUUUCUUGAUCUGCCUAAACUAGAGCAGCAGUCCAGGCUGAAAGACCGUUUGAAGAAAUAUUGUCAGAAGGUAUAUAGACGGGUAUUGGACAAGCCAGUCACCGAACUUCGAGAAGCAGGGAUUUGUAUGCGUGAAAACCCUUUUUACGUUGACACAGUUCGCAGCUUUCGAGAUAGAAGGUAUGAAUACAAAGGACUUAAUAAGGUCUGGAAAGGGAAGCUGUCUGAAGCUAAGGCUGGUGGAAACUCUAUAAAGAUUCAAGAAGCACAAGACAUGGUAGUGCUUUAUGAUUCCUUACAACUUGCCCAUAAGUGUAUACUGAACUCAUUCUAUGGAUAUGUCAUGCGCAAAGGUGCGAGAUGGUACUCUAUGGAAAUGGCCGGUGUAGUUACGUACACUGGUGCUAAAAUCAUUCAGAAUGCUCGCUUACUUGUUGAAAAAAUUGGGAAGCCACUUGAAUUAGACACAGAUGGUAUCUGGUGUGCGCUUCCUGGGUCUUUUCCAGAAAACUUUACUUUUAAAACUAAAGACUUGAAGAAGAAGCUGACUAUCUCUUAUCCGUGUGUUAUGCUUAAUGUUGAUGUGGCAAGAAAUAAUACAAAUGAUCAAUACCAGAAACUUGUGGAUCCUGUCAAUAAAACAUAUGCGACUCAUAGUGAAUGCUCAAUUGAAUUUGAAGUAGAUGGUCCAUACAAGGCAAUGAUUAUACCUGCCUCUAAGGAAGAGGGAAUAUUAAUUAAGAAACGAUAUGCUGUUUUUAAUGAUGAUGGAACCCUUGCGGAACUUAAAGGUUUUGAGAUUAAGCGUAGAGGUGAGCUGAAACUCAUCAAAGUUUUCCAGGCAGAGCUUUUUGAUAAGUUCCUUAAUGGAUCCACCUUAGAGGAAUGUUACUCAGCUGUCGCUGUUGUUGCAAAUCGCUGGCUUGAUCUUCUCGACAGUCAAGGAAAGGAUAUUGCGGAUAGUGAGUUGUUGGAUUACAUAUCGGAAUCUAGUACAAUGAGCAAGUCUUUAGCAGAUUAUGGUGAACAAAAGUCAUGUGCAGUGACCACAGCAAAGCGUCUUGCUGAUUUUCUCGGUGAUGCUAUGGUUAAAGAUAAAGGACUGCACUGCCAGUAUAUAGUGGCAUGUGAACCAAGAGGUACACCCGUCAGUGAACGUGCUAUUCCUGUUGCUAUAUUUGAAACUGAUACUGAAAUAAUGAAGUUCUAUCUGCGCAAGUGGUGCAAAACUUCUUCAGAUGUUGGCAUACGUUCUAUUGUUGAUUGGUCAUACUACAAGCAACGGCUUAGCUCGGCGAUUCAGAAAAUUAUAACUAUACCUGCCGCAAUGCAAAAGGUUACAAAUCCUGUCCCUAGGGUAGCUCAUCCUGAUUGGCUGCAUAAAAGGGUCCGUGAGAAGGAGGAUAAAUUCCGUCAAAGGAAGUUGGUUGAUAUCUUUGGCUCAUCAGUCAGGGAUGAUAAAAUGAAAAAGACAAGUGGUGAUGUUCUCACCACUGUCGUGGUUGGAGAUCUGGAAGACUUCCAAAACAAAAGAGCAAAUUCUGGGAAAGGACCUAUACCAAUUGUUCGUUGUUAUGAAGUCCAUAAGGAUCAAGGUCCAAUCAAGGCAGCUGUCCAAGCCAAUACAAAACAACAUCAGACUAAUCAUAGAGGAAGUGAGCAACAUUUGUCAUCAACAUUGCAGCCAGUUGUUCAAUCCACUGAAAAUAUUGACAGAAAUGUCGACUAUCAAGGAUGGCUUGAACUGAAGAAGAGGAAGUGGAAAGAUAAUCUGGAAAAGAGGAAGAGACAAAGGUUGAGUAAUCUACGAACAUCACAUCAUGCCAGUCACACUUCUGAGAUGCCAUGUGCUGUGGAAAACCAUAAAGAUGCCUCCGGAAGAACUGGUGUUGGUUCAUAUUUUAGAAGACAUGAAGUGUCACUAACUAAUUCCUAUUGGCAGAUUAUACAGCUAACUCCAGGUUCACAGAAUGGCCAAUUUUUUGCUUGGGUUGUUGUUGAAGGAAUUAUGCUUAAGGUUCCUAUUACUGUUCCGAGAGUGUUUUAUUUGAACUCUAAAGCAACUAUAUCAGAAAAUUUUCCUGGAAGACGUGUAAACAAAACUCUGCCUCAUGGAAGGCAGAGCAAUAACCUAUUUGAGGUUAUAAUUGAUGAAGAUCAAUUUAAGAGGGAGAGCAAGAAGCUUGCUGCUCUUCUUGCUGAUCCAGAAAUUGAGGGGAUUUAUGAAAGGAAGAUUCCACUGGAGUUUAAUGCUAUUCUUCAGCUUGGCUGUGUUUGCAAAGUAGAUAAAGCCACCAAGAAACGAAAUGCCCAGGAUGGCUGGAGUCUGAGUGAAUUGCAUAUGAAGACUACAACAGAAUGUGCUUAUCUGGAGCAGGCAAUCUCUUUCUUUUACCUGUAUCAUAGUAUUUGUGAAGGCCGUGCCAUAUAUGCUGCCUAUUUUUCUUCAUCAGGAGCAGUGUAUGUGGUAGUAGUUAAUCCUCACCAUGAAAAUGAAAGUCUAUCUCCACAUAUCCUCGAGAAAUAUUUUCGUGAAGCUUGCCAGGCUUUGUCUAUUGAACCACCAGUUCGUAAUGGUAUUUCUUUAAAGGUGAACUAUGUUGAACAUGUCAAGGAAGCUGAAAAAAAUUUACAGAGAGCUAUAAGUGAACACAGGCAUGAACAUCAAGGUCCUAUUCUUGCGGUCAUUGAAUGCCCAAAUACUCAAAUCAUGAAGUCAGGUGUACGAGCUUUAGAAGAUUUCCCUUGUGUGAGCAUACCUUCAAAUGCUCGUGAUAAUGAUUAUCAGCUUCUUGUAUGGCAACAAACUGCUGCAAAAAUUGCAAUGCAGCGGUGUUCUGCAUCAUCUCAGUGGUUAAGUGAGAGGAUCUCUCUCUCAAGAUAUGCGCAUGUACCCUUGGGCAAUUUUGAACCUGAUUGGCUAUUAUAUACAGCAGAUGUUUUCUAUUCUAGGGCUUUGCGUGAUCAGCAACAGGUACUUUGGAUUUCUGAUGAUGGUGUUCCUGACCUAGGAGGCAUCGGUGAAGAAGAUACAUGCUUUGCUGAUGAGGUCUGUCAACCUGUUAUCACAUACCCUGGAGCGUAUCGAAAAGUUUCUGUGGAGCUAAAGAUUCAUAACCUGGCUGUAGAUGCUCUUCUUAAAAGCAACCAAGUGAAUGAAAUGGAAGGAGGAGCUUUAUUAGGAUUUGACCAAGAUAUGCAUUCUGGAAAUGAUCAGUGUGGUUUUGAUGAGGCUACCGCAUCUGCAGCUGCAUUUCGAGUCAUGAAACAACUUAUACAAAGGUGCCUUGCCGAUGCAGUUUCCUCGGGAAAUGUGUUUGCUGAUGCAAUACUGCAACAUCUAUAUCGGUGGCUUUGCAGCCCUCAGUCAAAGCUUCAUGAUCCAGCUCUUCACCGCAUACUACACAAGGUCAUGCAAAAGGUGUUUGCUUUGCUGUUGUCUGAAUUCCGCAAAUUGGGUGCGACAAUCAUAUUUGCAGACUUCUCAAAGGUUAUCAUUGACACAGGAAAAUAUGAUAUGACAGCAGCUAAAGCUUAUUGUGAUAGCUUGCUUAAAGCUCUGCAGAAUAGAGAGUUAUUUGAAUGGAUUGAGCUUGAGCCGAUUCACUUCUGGCAUUCCUUGCUAUUUAUGGAUCAGUAUAACCAUGGAGGAAUCUUGGCUGGAUCUCAUGAAAAUUCAGAAGAAAAUUCAGAAGUGGAUAUUGUUUCAAACUGGAAUAUUGCUCGGUAUUUACCUGAGAAGAUUCAGGACCAUUUUGUUUUAAUUGCGUCCGAGUUUUUGCAUACUCCCUGGAAAUAUGCACAGGAGCAAGCUGCAAACAGAACAUCUUCACUGGAUGGCAGCUUAUGUACUCCAUCAAUCACUAUUACAGCUGCCGAGAGUUUUGAAGCCCAUAUUGUAAAAUAUCUCAAAGAUCAGAUUAGCUCCUACUUCACAGAAAAACUUCUAGGAAUUGUUCGUGAUAUUAUGCUUAAUAUGAAAGGGUUGAGUGGAACUGGAAAAGUGGAUCAACAAACUGCGCAUAAGGUUCCUCAUAAAGGAGAUGCUGCACUAGAGUUUAUUAAGCAUGUCUGUGCCGUUCUGGCCCUUGACCACAGUGUUCAGCAUGAUGUUCUGGUAUUAAGAAAGAAUCUACUGAAAUAUGCACACGUCAAGGAGUUUGCUCCAGAAUCUGAGUUUCAUGAUCCAUGUCCUUCUUUCAUCUUACCCAAUGUGAUUUGCAGCUAUUGCAACGAUUGUAGAGACCUAGAUUUAUGCCGGGACUCGGCUUUACUGGCUGAUGAAUGGUGCUGCGCUGUACCCCAGUGUGGGCAGCCGUACGACCUGGAGGUGAUGGAGAAUGCACUCCUGCAAAUCGUACGACAAAGAGAAAAACUGUAUCAUCUGCAGGAUCUAGUGUGCUGUAGGUGCAGACAGGUGAAAGCGGCACAUUUAGCGGAACAAUGUGGGUGUGCAGGCUCAUAUAAAUGCAAAGAAGACGCAACUGAGUUCCGCAGCAAAAUGCAGAUAUUCUUGAACAUAGCCAUUCGUAAAAAGUUUCAGCUUCUCCAGGAGUGUACCUCAUGGAUCUUACAAGUCAACUAACAGUCAUCCUCGAGUUUUUAAUAUAAAUCUUUGAAAAAUUACAUGUAUUAUUAUUAGAUCUGUUUACUAAAAAUGUAUGUAUAUGAAAUGUAUCA